UUUAUUAGCCUUGAAAUGAAUUCUAGUUUCACAUUCAUCUUUAUUGAUGGUUAUGUAGGCUUGAACAAGUACAAAUAUCUGUUUUUUCUAAUAAUGCUGACGGUGUAUAUUCUAAUAAUCCUCAGUAAUUGUGUUAUUGUGUACCUGAUCUGGACUCACCAAAACCUGCAUGGACCCAUGUAUAUUUUCAUUGCAGCCCUCUCCCUGAACUCACUUCUGUUCAGCACAAACAUCUACCCAAAGCUUCUGAUCGACUCUUUAUCGGACAGACCGAUCAUCUCUUAUCAAGCGUGUCUUGUUCAGUAUUUCCUCUUUUACGCACUGGGUUCUGCCGACUUCCUGCUGCUGGCAGCCAUGGCGUACGACCGCUACGUGUCUAUCUGUAAACCUCUGUGGUACGGCAGCAUCAUGACCAGCAGAGCCGUUAUCUCCCUGCUGUUCCUGAGCUGGUUUGUGUCUGCAUCUCAGAUUGCAGUGACGGCCAUCGUCAGUGCAGAUCAGAAGCUCUGUCACUUCACUUUAAGGGGGAUUUUCUGUCACAACUCAUUCUUCAGGCUUCACUGCAGGACAUCCAGAAUAGUCACGGUCAACGGUUUGCUGGCGCUGGUGCUGCUGGCGCUUCUUCCCAUGCUUUUCAUUCUGUUCACGUACAUGAGGAUACUUCUGGUUUCCUACAGAAGCAGCAGAGAAGUGAGGAAGAAAGCAGCAGAGACCUGUUUUCCUCACCUGCUGGUGUUACUGAGCUUCUCCACUUUGGCUGCUUUCAAUAUCAUCACGCCUCGACUGGAACACAGUUUGUCAAGAACUGUGCAUUUAGUCAUGACUUUGCAGGUGAUUUUAUAUAAUCCUCUUUUAAAUCCAAUUAUAUAUGGUUUGAAAAUGAAAGAAAUCUCAAAACAUUUAAAUAAGUUGCUCUGUAACUCUAAAAAAAGAUGA